AUGGGAGCUGUAGAUGGUGCUAAAGUGAGGAGCGUGUUGGCAGCUCUUACGCUACUGGCUCUACUGAGCCUCACCAACGGCAUCGCCGAGGGCCCGGAAGCCCCCCGCCCGGCUCCAGGCCUGUGGUCUGCCGGGCAGCACCGUCGCCUGAAGAGAGGCUGGCUCUGGAAACAGCUCUUUGUCCCGGAGGAAGACCCCACGCCUCGCGUCAUCGGCCAGCUCAAAUCCGAUUCUGACCGCGGGGAGUUUGGCAUCCAGUACAUCCUGUCGGGGGAAGGCGCCGGCGACGCAUUUGAGAUUGACGAGUACUCCGGUGAGAUUCGGACGUUGAAGAAGCUGGACCGUGAAGAGAAGGCCUUCUACGUACUCCAAGCGCAAGCUAUUAACAGGAAAUCCCAGGAACCCGAGGAGCCCGAGUCGGAGUUCAUCAUCAAGGUGCAGGACAUCAACGACAAUGCGCCGCAGUUCCAAAAUGAGCCGUACGUGGCCAGCGUCCCUGAGAUGUGCCCGACUGGCACCACCGUGAUCCAGGUGACGGCCACAGAUGCUGAUGAUCCCAUGUUUGGCAACAAUGCCAAACUCAUCUACUCCAUCCUACAGGGGGAGCCCUAUUUCUCUGUGGAGCCAAAGACAGGGAUCAUUGUGACUUCCUGGCCUGACAUGGACCGUGAGGCCAAGGAGCAGUACCUGGUGGUGGUGCAGGUGAAAGACAUGCUGGGCAUGAGUGGUGGCUACUCGGCAUCUACCACCGUCACUGUCAACCUGAGUGACAUCAAUGACAACGGGCCCAUCUUCCAGCAUCAUUUAUACACAUUUGCCAUUCCUGAAGAUGCACUGGUAGGCACGACAGUGGGUAAGAUCAAGGCAGAGGACGCUGACAUUGGCGUAAAUGCCAGGAUGAACUACAACCUGCAGGUGGACCUGGAAGAGAAUGCCACGUUCACCAUUCAGACUGACCCGCUGACCCAGGAGGGAGUCAUCCUGCUUGCUAAGCCAUUGAACUACGAGACCAAGCGACGCUAUGUCAUGGCGGCGGAAGCCACUAACGAGGUAGUGGAUCCCCGCUUCCUGACUGUGGACGAGUUCUCGGACCAAACUACGCUAAAAAUCGUGGUGGACGAUGUAGACGAGGCGCCCGUCUUUAUUUCGACUGUCUACGAAUGGAAAGUGGCGGAGAACGCUUCACCAGGAACUGCGGUCGGUACUGUCAGCGCCCGCGACACCGACGAGGCUGAUGAAUCUGUCAGAUACUCCUUUGACAAACGUAGCGAUGCCGCAAACGCUUUCCGAAUCGACCCAACCAAUGGAACCGUUACCAUCGCCAAAUCUCUAGACCGAGAAACGUCCGCCUGGCACAACUUGACGAUCGUCGCUAAAGAAACCACGCAGAAGCGUUUAUCCUCCUCUGUGGUGGCGUCCAUCAAGGUGUUGGACAUAAACGACAACGCGCCGCAGCUGGCCAGCCGUUACCAGCCGUAUAUCUGCGAGGGGACGCAGGCGGGAGAGCUCAUUCAGCUGCUCAGCGCAACCGAUCCAGACGAGCCUUCCGAGGGUCACCACUUCUAUUUCUCCAUGGUCCCAGACAAGAACAUCAAUCCGAACUUCACCAUUCGGGAUAACCAAGACAACACGGCGGGCGUUGUGGCACGCAGGAGCACUUUCACCCGCAAGGACAGGAUACGCUACUUCCUCCCCGUGGUAGUGAUGGACAGCGGCUCGCCGGCGUUGUCCAGUACCGCAACUCUCACCAUUAGUGUGUGCAGCUGCCAGCCCGCCGGGCACUGUCCCUCCGGAGGAGUGGAAGCCCUGGCCCUGUCCAUGGGGGUCAGCCUGCAGACUUUUGUGGCACUGCUGGUGUGCCUGGUUUUGGCCACAGUCUCGACGAUUCUCAUGCUGCUGCUGUGGCGGCGCCGGCGCAAGCAAAACGAGGCCCGCAAGAAAGCCGUCAAGCUGGAGCUGCCCGACACUGUUUCGCAGAAGGUGCUGUACUACGCCGACGCGGGUCAAGAACUGAACAGAAACCUCGCCGCGCCGGUCCCGCUUCGCCCACACCCGAGGAGGCGUGACAGGAAGUUCGCCCGGGAGGAGGUCCGGGCCAGCAUCCGCAUGUCUCUACGAGAGUCUCACCUGGUAGGGCCCGAGGACGACGUCUUCAGGCAGUUCAUCCUGGACCGACUAGAGGAGGCGGAUGAGGACCCGUACGCGCCACCCUUUGACCGCCUUAUGACGUACGCUUACGAGGGCGAGGGAUCCUCGGCCGGCUCACUUAGCUCGCUUGAGUCGUGCGGAAGUGAGAAGCCAUCUGCGGUUGCCAGGUCUCCUUGGGCCAGAUUGUCUCCAUGGUACGGCGGAGCUAGGGAGGACACCGUUUUCUGA